CUUGUGCUAGAUCUAUAUGACAUAACCCUAAAUUAAUCAGUCUAUAGAUUAAUAAAAGAAGGCGUGCCCUGCAUGCAUGUACACAGAUGACUAUAUGUACUUCCUGGUGAAGCUAGGUCUAAGUGUCAGCUACAGAAAAAAUGUGCUGCUGGAAUAGAAAUAUUAAGAAGAAUUAUGCCAUAGGAAAGAAGAUUGAGAACAUUGCUUUUAUUGUCACUAUUGUCAUAGUGCUGGGCUUAUUCACUCUCCCAAUAAUAAUCUAUUAUACUUCAAGGUACCACACGGACACCUUUAACAAUGCCAGCAUCAAUUAUACUGGAUUUCAUAGCAAUAUCAGUGGAAUAAGCCAAAACUUUACCAGACUAUCAUGGAGUCAGGAUAAUGAUGCCUCAGAAUGUCAUGAGUAUAUUGGAACUGCUUGUAAAAACUUCUUACAUCAAUGGUUUCAAUGUACCAUUGGAGAAGGUGAAUUGAAUAUUGGAGUAAGUCAACAAGAACAAAAUCAACAUGAACAGACAAUUGGAUCACUCAAUAAUUAUUUAGAGUAUUACAAGCAAUGUCAACAACAAUCAUCAGCUUUCAUAUGUCAAUAUUUCUUUCCACUUGCUGAUUGCUCAACUGGAAAAUCUUACAAGGCUACCAAGGAAUACUGCCUCCUCAUGAGUAUAGGUGUUUGUUCAGACCUGUGGACACUAGCAAACAACUUUAGUUAUGGCUCACUCUUACCUGAUUGUUCUACACUACCAAAUGCUUCCAACAAUUCAUAUUCUGUUAUAAUUCCCAUUGAAGGCAUGGAUGACACCAAUGGUACUGAUGGUAUAGUGUGCAGAGAAGAUUUUGUUAAAAUAGAUUUAAUUUGUGAGCCAAGAUGUGACAGUUUUGAACAAACUAGUUCUCAUUUAGAAUCACAAUUAUUGAUCUAUUCAGAAGUUAUUGCAACCAGUAUAGCCCUAACUUUCUGCAUUGUUGCAAUUAUUGUUGUUAUAAAGGAAUAUAAGAUAUUGCUAGCAUAUCCUUCUGUAUUGGUAGUUUUUCAAGUCAUAGACAUGACUGUAUUGGUCAUAGUAUUAAUCAUAACAGCUAUUGAUCGGUAUGGAUUAUAUUGUGGUUCAGUUAGUCUAUUGGAGACAUUAAAACAUCCCUCUUUUUUUUGCAAAUUUUCAGGAGCUGUGUCUCAUUACGUUUACAUAAAUAUGCCAUUGUGGUGGUUCUUUCAUGUUGCUAUAUUUUUUCACAAAGUAUUGUUUCCCUUCCAAGCAAAUAGAUUUGAAAAGCUGGGACAUAACAAGUACAUAUUUGCAACUGUAACUACUUUGUCUAUACUACUUCCAUUGCCAGCUAUCAUCAUUUGCCUUUCUGUUGACAAAUUUAAAUAUAAUAUCAAUCGUUUCCCACCAACUCUUUGCGGCAGCAAUGGUGCCAUGUGGUUCUAUUCUAUAACACUUCCAAUGGAUGUACUAUUCGCUGCUGGAGUUAUAAUGCUGAUUAUAGUUCUUUGGACUAUGAGAAAUAAAACAACUUUCUUGAAAAAAAGAAGUCAUACUAAGCUAAGCACUGCUGAGAAAAAAAUCCUAUUGGUUUUUACAUAUUUUAUUAUUUUUGGUGUUUUUAAUAUAGCGCGCCAAAGCUACAUAGACGCAGGAUCUGAAAAGUUUGAAGCAACUUUAGAAGAAUAUUUUGAAUGUGAGGCAUUGGGUCACAUCCCUGGAAAGUGUGACAGAGGAACAUUUGAUAAGAUCCGUAGCCCUUACAUGGGUGCUGUUGCAUAUAUACUAAUGAACUUGAUACCAUUGAGCAUUUUGAACUUCAUACUUAAGUGGAGCUCAGUUAAAAGUGCUGGAAACAAAGCUGUAAAUUUGAUAAAGAGGUGUUUCAGUUUUUUACAUCGUGAAAUAGCUUUUGUAACUUCUUGUGAAAGUGUUCCUGAUGAGUUAUCAUCAAAAUCAGAUAGAAGUACAAAUAGUCAAAACUCUGCUGUAUAACUUGACUUCACUUUAUUCUAUUAAUUUGGACCUUUAACUUUUGUGUGCCUAUAUGUGAUUGCUUUAUACCUGUUUUUUAGUAUUAAAAAAUU